CUCUCUCUCUCGCUGGCUCUCUCGGUCUCUCUCGGUCUCUCUCGCUGGCUCUCUCGUCUCCUGGCAUGAGCAGAAUGAGCACGACUGGCACUUGGUGAAAUGCAACGUUUUCGCAAGGAAUAAAGCUGCAGUCCGUCCGUCCGUCCGUCCGUCCGUCUACUGCUCGAUCAUUGUCAUCUUUUGCCGCUGUUGUGUCGUUACUGUGUAAUAGAUGUUGCUAACGGUCCAAACAUUGCUUGCCUUGGUCUCCGCUGUGACACAAACUCAUGUGACGCAAGUCGAACUUUCCGUUGAGCUUCACGGAGGAUAGAAAGCGGUCGACUCGGGCUAAUGGUUGAAUUUGCUUUCUCUUGGCUCGCCCGCCUGCCGUACUGUUGCACGCGUGGGAAGCAUCCAUUGAGGACAAUUCGGAUGUUUGGUCCGUCACGUGGGUGAGAGAGAUGGCGAUGGCUAGAUUUGCAAAGCUCAUACUUUCUUUUGGGAAAAUAUUUCCUGUCCGCAGGCUGAUAUUGCGUGCAUGGGCACAAAUUCAAGCGUGGGAACGAUAUGGAGGUCGCUGUCCGACACCACGCGUUGACUCGCGGCCAAAUGGCGCCGGCCCUCAUCCAUGGGUGAGGCGGCUGCCGUGCCACCUGGGCUGCGAAUGAAGGCCAGUGACUUAGCGGCCGCCCGAGCCAAAACUUGGUCUUGGCUUUUUACCAGCACCGGUGGGAGGGGGAGAGUCGUGGCCAUUUCGGGGACGGCUUUCUGCGGCGCACGCGCACCUUUUCCCACCCGUCCUGUCAGGCAGCAUGCCGAUCGCGCUUGCUUGCCGCCUCUCUGGCAAGCAAUUCCGGCGCGGCGGGUUUGCCGAUGCGCCGCGCUCGUACGAGCGACCCGUGCUUUAGGUUUUCGGGGUGGCUGCUGAAUCCGCAAGCGUUCUAAUAACGUGGUUGCACUUCAACUGGUCCAAAUGCCGGCAAGUUCAGCCCACAGACAGGAAAUAUUCUCUUGGAUUGGGAGCGCGGUUGUCCACAGAGCAGAUUGACGGUCUUUGCGGCAAAACGGGCGAGCCGGUCUACUCUCCCGGUCACGGCGGCUCCCUGACCACGUCUCCCGUCACGCUGCUGCUGCCGCCGCUGCGCAACGGCAACCUCAACCCACUGACGCGGGGCAACCGCCAAGUGCAGUAAGCGCCGUCCUAUUCAAAGCCUUUGCCCUCAGGGUGGCGCUAAAGGGGCCAUGUCGGAGGGCGUGCACGUCACGCAAGUGUUGGACAACGGCGGCGUCAAGCGUCCGCAUCAGAGCGGGCCGCAGCUCAACGGCCUGGCGCCGCUCGCCCCCUCCCGGCCGGAACGCCCCGCAGCUGACCCGGACUCGGCCCGGCGCCCGGGCGCCGCCUCGCACAAACCGGCCGACGUCAAAGCCAAGCCGGCCGCCUCCACGCCGGAGCAGGCCAUGAAGCAGUUCAUGGCCAAGAUGUCGUCCUUUGAACAUCACGAGGUCUUCAGCUACACCGAGGUUUACUUUGUGGGUCCCAACGCUAAGAAGAGGCCGGGGGUCCCGGGGGGCGCCAACAACUGCGGCUACGAUGACGAGCAGGGCUCCUACAUCCAAAUUCCGCACGACCAAAUCGCCUAUCGCUACGAAGUCCUCAAGGUGAUCGGCAAAGGGAGCUUCGGACAGGUGGUGAAGGCGUUCGACCACAAGACGCAGACGCACGUGGCGCUGAAGAUGGUCCGCAACGAGAAGCGCUUCCACCGGCAGGCGGCCGAGGAAAUCCGCAUCCUGGAGCACCUGAGGAAGCAGGACAAGGACUCCGGCAUGAACGUCAUCCACAUGCUGGAGAACUUCACCUUCCGCAACCACAUCUGCAUGACCUUUGAGCUGCUCAGCAUGAACCUGUACGAGCUGAUCAAGAAGAACAAGUUCCAGGGCUUCAGCCUGCCCCUGGUGCGCAAGUUUGCGCACUCCAUCCUGCAGUGUCUGGACUCGCUGCACAAGAACCGCAUCAUCCACUGCGACCUCAAGCCCGAGAACAUCUUGCUCAAGCAGCAGGGGCGCAGCGGGAUCAAGGUCAUCGAUUUUGGCUCCAGCUGUUAUGAACAUCAGAGAGUUUACACCUACAUCCAGUCCAGGUUCUACCGGGCGCCGGAGGUCAUCCUAGGUUCCAGGUACGGGAUGCCCAUCGACAUGUGGUCCCUGGGCUGCAUCCUGGCCGAGCUCCUGACGGGAUGUCCGCUGCUUCCGGGCGAGGACGAAGGCGACCAGCUGGCCUGCAUCAUCGAGCUACUGGGCAUGCCGGGCCAAAAGCUCCUGGACGCCUCCAAGCGGGCCAAGAACUUUGUGUCGUCCAAAGGCUACCCGCGCUACUGCGCCGUCAGCGCGCUGCCCGACGGCACGGCGGCGCUCAACGGCGGACGCUCGCGGCGCGGGAAGCUGCGAGGUCCGCCCCGCAGCAAGGACUGGAGCGUGGCGCUGAAGGGCUGUGACGACGCGCUCUUCCUGGACUUCCUCAAACAGUGUCUGGAGUGGGACCCUGCCGUUAGGAUGACGCCCAGCCAGGCGCUGCGCCACCCCUGGCUGAGGAGGCGACUCCCCAAACCACCCGCCGACAAGACGGCGGCGUCCAAACGCGCUCCCGCCGACGCCACCACCAUCUCCAAGCUCCCCGCCACCUCGGCCAAAACCAGGACUAACCUGGCGCCCAUCACCGACGCCAACGGGAACCUCCAACCGCGGACAGUGCUGCCCAAACUGCUCAGCUGAAAGUGAGCGCGCCCCAACGGCUCGAGUUGAGGCCGGCUGGGGUGCGUUGGCACGGGACACACGGCAGCGUCCCCAGCGGUGGCGCCGUUCAGGCUCCUCCGGUGGAGUGCCGCAGACAAUCAUCACAAAGGGUGCUGAAAGGCCAUUAUCGAUGAACAACGAAGACACCAAAACCCUUUGUUUACUUCCGGAGGACAAAAUGUGCCAAGUGGCACGCUACAUGGAGCCAUGAGCGGGCUUAGCUAGCAGAGAAAUCAGUAAGUUGACUCGAGUGCUUUGUUUUCAGUUAGCGCCAUGCUCAAAGAGGCUUCUUGUUUGGCUGCAAUUGGCAUCGCGAGACAGCGCCAUGCUAACUCCUAUCAGAGGACAGACUUCAAAAGCAUGCAAUGCUUUCAUUUUGCUCAUACUGCCAAUUGAACGACAACAAAAGAUGACCAUUGAUCGGGAAGAGUCCCUGUCAACAGCGCGUUACACUGUGAGGGCGUCAACCCUUUGAAGCCAUUUUCGAUCCUCCAAUGUGUGCGUGCGUGCGUGCCCGCGCCAAAUCUCUCGCAUCAAGUGAACGCCUCACAGAGAGGCCUGAUGUUAUUUAUGAAUAUUUAUUAGACGUGUUUUUUCUACCAGGAAGUGCAGCAAAUACUUGAAUGUGUGCGCGUGUUUAUUUGAAAACGCAAGUGGCAGGGGCACGACGCUGCCCACGACGACGUACGUUAGCGACGUGGCUCACGGUCGAGCCAACGCAAGAACACACUACCCGUUUGCCAUUGUUCCCCCAGCCGCCCCCCACCCGAGUUGACGAAACAUUUUGUGCCUUCAAAGACGGGCGCCGAGCCACGAUGCGUUCUAUUACUCUUGGGAGAGGCGAGGCGAGGCUAGGCGCAGACAUGUAAUCAGCCAGAUGAUGUCACUCGUCGGCAACGAUAAACACGGCAGGGCUAAGCUAACACUAGCCAAUCCACCGCUAGCGACAGAAAGCUAGCUGAUAUGCUGCACUGACGUUUGUUUUUGUACUAAUCAUGUUAGAACCGCUGAUAAAGCGCGACUUUUAAUGAGCGCUUAUACUGGUUGCUAGCAUAAGUUUGUUUUUUUUGGGACCGGGUCAUGCUAACUUGACUUGCGGGUGUCUAAAGGCUAACCGCUGCGCUGCGCUAGAAGCAAGUAUCAACAAGCGUUUGAGCCAGCAGUUAGCAUGAGCGCUUUUGUUGUGGAAAGCAUCAACUAACACUAGCCAAUCAGCCGCCGGCAUCCAAAUACUUGCCUCUGCACUGCCACUGACGUUUGUUUUCUAUUCUAUUCACGACCCACUGCCGACAGAGCGCUAGUAGCACAAGCACUGGAACUAGCUACUAGCAUUAGCGUCAUCGUUGUGGCUACCUCAAACUAAGCUCAGCUGUGAUGAUGACGACGACGACAUGACAAACACCCAGGGCAUUUUUUUGGGGGUUGAUUCUACCAAAGUGCAUUCCUUAGCGGCGAGCUCGUGGCUCAAAGAGAGGACUGAUGCAAGUGGAGUUUGGUGAAAGGUCGCAGCCGUCACGUACAGCUAACCUCUUGUUAGCCUUUUGCCUGCAGCUAACCUGCGAGCUGAUGUGGCUAGCUUGUCUUAGUAAGACGGACGGACGGACGGACACUACUGUUAGCUGUGCUGUGUUUCUGUAGCGUUUGGACGCGUCUGUUUGACGUCGUGCGGCGAAAUAAAUGCUGUGGCCAGUUUUACAAUGUACUGUAUCUAUCCACUGUACACUACAGACACACGCACGCACACAUUGGUUUGUUUGUUUGUUUGUUUUUUUCUAGUGAGCCUUUGUAACCUUUUAUUGUGGUGGAAUAUGAAUAUUAAUACAACUUUACUGACUACAAUGAA